AUGGACCGAAGCCUCUGCCCGCUCAGGCAGAUCCGCCAGGCCUGCCCCUACAUGGGCCGCGUCUCCAUGCCCCAGCUCCGACAGAUGUCCACCACGCUCCUCCACCCGGGCGGACCUACGCGCCUCGUCACCCAGGCCCAGCAGUGCCCCGUCAUGAGCCAGAGCCUCGCCAUCAAGGCCGAGCAGAACAGCGGCGCCGCCGCCAACACCUUCACCCCGACCUUUGGCGCUUCCGGCAGCUCCUUCCUCGCCAUCGCCGCCAAGCCCACCGCGGCUGCUGCUGCCGGCUGCCCCUUCUCGGCCCAGAUGAACGGAGGCGCCGCCCAGCAGGUUCGCCACUACGUCUCGCGCUCCGAGGCUGCCCGCGCCGCCGUCGCCCAGCCCGACGACAUCGAGCGCCUCCACGCCAAGGAGGGCAUCAAGCUCGACGACCAGGCCAACGUCGACAAGUGCCCCCACGCUCGCAAGCUCGCCGAAGCUGCCGCCGCCGCUGCUGCUGCCGGCGACUCGCUGCCCCAGCACCAGCGCAGGAAGAGCAUCAAGAACAAGCAGGUGCGCACCCCCGGCUCCGGCCUCGGCAUGCACCCGGACCCCGAGCCGCACAACCGGCCCGGCUUCCACUACGAGCAGUUCUACCACGACCAGCUCCAGGCCAAGCAUGCCGACAAGUCUUACCGCUACUUUAACAACAUCAAUCGUCUCGCCGGCAACGCUCCCAAGGGCCAUCUCUCCGCCGAGGCCGACGAGAUCACCGUCUGGUGCGCCAACGACUACCAGAACAUGAGCCGUCACCCCGCCGUGCUCGAGGCCAUGAAGGAGACGCUCGACAAGUACGGCGCCGGUGCCGGUGGCACGCGCAACAUCGCCGGCCACAACCGCCACGUCGAGACCGUCGAGCAGACGCUUGCGCAGCUCCACCGCAAGGAUGCCGCGCUCGUCUUUGGCUCCUGCUACGCCGCCAACGAUGCCACGCUCACCAUCCUCGGCUCCAAGCUGCCCAACUGCGUCAUCCUCUCCGACGCCUCCAACCACGCCUCCAUGAUCCAGGGCAUCAAGCACUCGGGCGCCAAAAAGGUCAUUUACAAGCACAACGACAUGCACGACCUCGAGGCCAAGCUCCAGGCGCUCCCGGUCGACGUGCCCAAGAUCAUCGCCUUUGAGUCGGUCUACUCCAUGUGCGGCACCGUCGGUCCCAUCGAGAAGACCAUCGAGCUCGCCGAAAAGUACGGCGCCAUCACCUUCUUGGAUGAGGUGCAUGCCGUGGGCAUGUACGGCCCGCGCGGCGCCGGUGUUGCCGAGCAUCUCGACUGGGACGCGCAGGUCGCCCAGGGUCACAAGCCCGGUCUGCUCAAGGGCAGCGUGAUGGACCGCAUCGACAUCAUCACCGGCACGCUCGGCAAGGCGUACGGCAACGUCGGCGGCUACAUUGCCGGCUCGAACCGCUUUGUCGAUCUGAUUCGCUGCUUUGCGCCGCAGUUCAUCUUUUCCACCACGCUGCCGCCUGCGGUGCUGACGGGCGCCAACAAGGCGAUCGAGGUGCUGAUGCAGUCGAACGACUCGCGCAUCCUGCAGCAGCUGCGCACGCGCGAGACCAAGGACAAGCUCAUCGCUGCGGGCAUCCCGCUGCAGCACAACCCGUCGCACAUUGUGCCCGUGCUCGUCGGCGAUGCGUCCAAGGCCAAGGCGGCCUCGGACAUGCUGCUCGAGGAGUUUGGCUGCUAUGUGCAGCCGAUCAACUUCCCCACGGUCGCGCGCGGUCUCGAGAGGCUGCGUGUCACGCCGACGCCCGGACACACGUCCGACGACGUCGACCACCUCGUGUACGCGCUCACCGAGAUCUGGAAGCAUCUGGGCCUGCGCACCGUCGCUGACCUGCGUGCUGCUCCCGAGGGCCAGGAUGCGCUUGCUGAUCUGUUCAAGGCGUCCGAGAAGACGGCGCGCGAGAACCCGCUCUGGACCGACAAGCUUCUUGGUCUUGACGAGCUCAAGGCGCAGGUGCAGGCCAACGGCUUUGAGCGCCGCGCUGGCGUGCAGGUCGCUGAUGCUGCUGCGGCUGCUCCGCGUGCCGGCGUGGCUGCCUGA